UUCUCGCGGAUGCUGAGACCAAGCUCCUAUGCGCGCGGGCUCUCGCAGCAGUGGCUCAACCCCUCCUCCUCCUCCAAAGAUGUCGCAUGAGCUUCUCCUCUCACCGCGGCUUCUCUUUUCUUUUUUUCUGUUCUUUUUCUCCCAGUGCCCUUAACAGUUAGCCUAAUUCUGUCAAAUUAGCAACUCUCGCCCUCGGGAGCAGCUAAGCUAGCCUUCGUCUAGUCGCACGGGCUUCCCCCCCCCCCCCCCCCCCCUCCCUACAACGGAGGUGUUUAAACCUUCUACCCGGCGCAUCCUCUCUCUCUCUUUCUCUCUCUCUCUCUCCUCUCUCUCGUCUCUCUCCUCUCCUCAUCUCGUCUCUCUCUCUCUCACGCGCUCUCUCUCUCUCUCUCUCUCGCUCCUCCAUCGCCGCCGCAGAACUUCGCCGACAAACCGUCAGGUGACCGCGCGGAGCGGAAUAUUCAUCAGCACCGUCGUCGUCUUUCAUCCCUCCACUCCUUUCGGACUCCAGGCAACCGGAGCUGCCGCAGCCCCGGUCCCCCCUGUGCGCUCUCAUCCGGUUUUGGGACAUUCUCCGCUCCACGCACACGCAGAUUAACGGGGAUUCUGCCUCCCCGCUCACGCGCUGAUGCUGAUGUCCUUGAGCUCGGCCUGCACGGUCCUGGUGGUGCAGUAGUAGCUACCUCUGAACUGGAUCCACUUCCCGUCUCUGAUUUAUCAGCCGCCUUUGCCUUGCUCGCCCCUCUCUCCAUCCGUCCAUCAUCCUCCCAUCACCGUCUCUGUAAGUCUGUCAGCCCGUCCGUCCGUCUGUCUGUCCAUGGACUGGCCGUGACCCUGGAGGGAGGGGGACAGAAAAGAGGAAAGAGCGGAGUCGCAGAGGAGACGAAGGAAAAGAAAGCUGGAUUCAUUCAGACAUCAAGCUUCUGAAGUGCCCCGGCUUGCUGUCCUUGAUCCCCCUCACCCUCCUCCUCCUCCUGUUAUGGAGAAUUAAAGGAGCAGUGGGAGGCCAGGCCAAGAUAGUGAGGAGGAAAAAUAAAUAAUCAACCAAUGCCCCUUCAUUGUCCUUGCAAUGAAAGAAUAAAAAAUUGUUUAGGUGCAUCAUUAUAAUUACAGAUUAUUUAAGAAAGAAAUCCAGACCAAACCAAAGUAUUGGCUGCUGAGCACAUGAACAACCCUCCACCAACCAAACAAAACGGGAACUGAGUUGAAGACAGACUACAGAGAGAAAGGAGGACCAAAAAAACAGAAAAGAAACCCUUACUGACAUGUCAACAACAGCCACUAUGGGUGAAAUGGCAAACAGCGCGGUGGAGUUUUAUCCCAAAGGGACAAGAGGCGUGGGCGGAGGAGGAAGGGCAGAUGGCAGCCAUGCAGGGGGAGACUUUGGGGUCACGGUGGCGGAGCUAACGGAGCUGAUGGAGCUCCGAGGGGCUGAUGCCAUUCAAAAGAUCCAGGAGAGCUUCGGAGACGCAGAUGGGCUCUGCCAGAGACUACAGACCAGCAAGACUGAUGGUCUCAGUGGGGACCCGGCAGACCUGGAGCGCCGGGGCCAAAUUUUCGGCCAAAACUUCAUUCCUCCGAAGAAGGCCAAGACUUUCCUGGAGCUCGUGUGGGAGGCCUUACAGGACGUCACACUUAUCAUCUUGGAGGCGGCCGCCAUCAUCUCCCUCGGCCUCUCUUUCUACCAGCCUCCCGGGGGGGAUACCGAAGCAUGUGGGGUUGUAUCGGGGGCGUCGGAGGAUGAAGGCGAGGGCGACACUGGCUGGAUUGAGGGUGCGGCUAUCCUGCUGUCUGUUGUGUGUGUCGUCCUGGUGACGGCGUUUAACGACUGGUCCAAAGAGAAGCAGUUCCGCGGUCUACAGAGUCGGAUCGAACAAGAACAGAGGGUCACAGUCGUGCGUAAAGGAAAUGUCAUCCAGAUCCCAGUGGCUGACAUGGUGGUGGGGGACGUGGCGCAGGUCAAAUACGGGGACCUGCUGCCAGCUGAUGGUGUCUUGGUCCAAGGCAACGAUCUGAAGAUAGACGAGAGCUCUCUUACAGGAGAGUCUGACCACGUACGCAAGUCUGUGGAGAAGGACCCCAUGCUGCUCUCAGGUACCCAUGUGAUGGAGGGCUCGGGCAAGAUGCUGGUGACAGCUGUUGGUGUCAACUCGCAGACGGGCAUCAUCUUCACCCUGCUGGGUGCUGGAGAGCUGGAGGAAGAAGGGAAGGACAAGAAAGAGGACAAUACUCAGUUGCUCAUCUCUACAGAUGCCAAUUUCAGCACAGUCACCAAUGGAAAACAACCUGAUGGAGCUGUGGAGAACAAUCAGAACAAAGCCAAGAAGCAGGACGGGGGUGUUGCCAUGGAGAUGCAACCCCUGAAAAGUGCAGAGGGAGGAGAGGUCGAGGACAGAGAGAAGAAGAAGACCAGUGUUCCAAAAAAAGAAAAGAGUGUGUUGCAGGGCAAGCUCACCAAACUCGCUGUUCAAAUUGGCAAAGCAGGUUUGGUGAUGUCAGCCAUCACCGUCAUCAUUCUGGUGUUGUACUUUGUCAUCAACACGUUUGUCGUUGAAGGUCACACGUGGUUGACAGAGUGUACUCCGGUCUACAUCCAGUACUUUGUUAAGUUCUUCAUCAUUGGAGUCACGGUGCUGGUAGUGGCUGUCCCAGAAGGUUUACCUCUCGCUGUCACCAUCUCUCUGGCCUACUCUGUCAAGAAAAUGAUGAAGGACAACAACCUUGUACGCCACCUGGAUGCUUGCGAGACCAUGGGCAACGCCACGGCCAUCUGCUCCGACAAGACCGGCACCCUCACCACCAACCGCAUGACUGUGGUCCAGUCUCACAUAGGUGACGUGCAUCACCGUGCGGUCCCGGACCCCGGACAGAUCAACCCCCGGACACUGGAUCUAUUAGUCAAUGCUAUUGCUAUUAACAGCGCAUACACCUCCAAGAUCUUGCCGCCUGAUGUGGAGGGGGGUCUGGCUAAGCAGGUGGGCAACAAGACGGAGUGUGGCCUUCUGGGAUUUGUACUAGACCUACAGCAGGACUACGCCCCGGUCAGAGAGCAGAUCCCCGAGGAGAGACUGUACAAGGUGUAUACAUUCAACUCAGUGCGUAAAUCCAUGUGUACGGUGAUCAAGCUGCCUGACGGGUCCUUCCGCCUCUACAGCAAAGGAGCCUCUGAGAUCAUGCUAAAGAAGUGUUCCUUCAUCCUAGAUGCCAAUGGAGAAGCGCGCACUUUCCGCCCACGUGACAGAGAUGAGAUGGUCAAACAGGUGAUCGAGCCGAUGGCGUGUGAGGGGUUGAGGACCAUCUGCAUUGCUUACCGUGACCUUCCGGGUAAUCCAGAGCCAGAUUGGGACAACGAAGCGGACAUAAUGACAGAGUUGACCUGCAUCACCGUGGUUGGGAUAGAGGACCCUGUGCGCCCCGAGGUGCCUGAUGCCAUCCGUAAGUGUCAGCGUGCAGGCAUUACGGUGCGGAUGGUGACUGGUGAUAACAUUAACACAGCGAGGGCCAUUGCCGCUAAAUGUGGCAUCAUUCACCCUGGGGAUGACUUCAUUUGUCUAGAGGGCAAAGACUUCAACCGACGAAUCAGGAACGAGAAAGGAGAGAUUGAACAGGAACGUAUUGACAAAAUCUGGCCCAAACUUCGGGUGUUGGCUCGAUCCUCGCCAACCGACAAACACACACUGGUAAAAGGCAUCAUCGACAGCACCGUCCUAGAACAGAGGCAGGUUGUCGCAGUAACAGGAGAUGGGACCAAUGACGGACCGGCUUUGAAGAAGGCUGAUGUUGGCUUUGCCAUGGGUAUUGCGGGAACAGACGUGGCUAAAGAAGCGUCUGACAUCAUCCUGACUGAUGACAACUUCAGCAGCAUUGUCAAGGCGGUGAUGUGGGGACGAAACGUCUACGAUAGCAUCUCCAAGUUUCUGCAGUUCCAGCUCACGGUCAACGUAGUGGCUGUCAUAGUGGCCUUCACCGGGGCCUGCAUCACUCAGGACUCUCCUCUGAAGGCGGUGCAGAUGCUGUGGGUGAACCUCAUUAUGGACACAUUUGCUUCUCUGGCCCUUGCCACUGAGCCCCCCACUGAAGACCUGUUGCUACGGAAACCCUAUGGUCGGAACAACCCGCUCAUCUCACUGACCAUGAUGAAGAACAUCCUGGGCCAUGGAGUCUACCAGUUGAUCAUCAUUUUCACCCUACUGUUCAUAGGCGAGCACAUUUUUAACAUUGACAGCGGCCGCAACGCUCCGCUCCACUCCCCUCCUUCUGAGCACUACACCAUCAUCUUCAACACCUUCGUCCUAAUGCAACUUUUCAACGAGAUCAACGCUCGCAAGAUCCACGGAGAGAGAAAUGUCUUCGACGGCAUAUUUGCCAACCCCAUCUUCUGCGCCAUUGUUCUGGGGACCUUCGCCGUGCAGAUCGUGAUUGUGCAGUGGGGAGGGACGCCCUUCAGCUGUGCCCCUCUCAACGUGGAGCAGUGGCUCUGGUGUCUGUUCGUGGGAGUUGGAGAGCUCCUCUGGGGGCAGGUGAUUGCCACGGUGCCAACAGCGCGGCUGCCAUGCCUGAAGGAGGCGGGGAUGGGCCACGAGCCCGGGGAAGAGGAAGGUGAGGAGAUGGCUGAGGAUGAGGAGGAGAUCGACUGUGCUGAGAGAGAGCUGCGCCGUGGACAGAUCCUCUGGUUCAGAGGCCUCAACCGCAUCCAGACCCAGAUGGAGGUAGUGAGCACGUUCAAGCGAAGCGGUUCGUUUCAGGGAGCGGUGAGACGGCGUUCCUCCGUGCUCAGUCAGCUCCAUGACAUGCGAGUGGUGAAAGCAUUCCGUAGUAACCUGUACGAGGGCCGGGAGAAACCGGAAUCCCGCAACUCCAUCCACAACUUCAUGGCCCACCCGGAGUUCCUCAUCAAUGACCUCAUCCACAACAUCCCGCUGAUCGACGACACUGACGUGGACGACGAAUCAGAGCUCAGCAGAUACCAGCACCUGCACCCGGCCCUCCGCAAGCCGCCACCCCCUCCCGCUCAGCCCCCGCCCCCGGUCCGCACCCACCCCACCCGCCCCUACCGCCAGUACAGCCUCCCGGUGACCCCGUGCAACCGAAACAACAACAACAACAGCAGCAGCAGCAGCAGCAGCAGCAGCAGCUCAACAGACACCCACAGCAACAGAAACAGAAGCAACGCAGUUACCCCCAGCAACCGGAGCCCCCAUCAUCACCACCAACACCACCACAUCCAUCAUGGCAGGGACAGGCCGGGAAAACCCUCCGCCCCUCACCUGGCCCAUCUCUACUGCGUGGAGACCUCCGUAUAACUGAGCUGAACGUGGGUCGGGGGGAGAGGAGAAGGGGGAUGGGGGAGUCUUUGGGAGGAAAAGGGGAGCGGAAGAGAGGGCUGAGGACUCACACAUGACAUUUCAUCCAAUCUCCAAGCUAACAGGAGGGAGCGAAGGACGGGGGCAGGUACCAGAGGGAGGACAAUGGCUGGAGACUAAUGUUCGCAACUCCCUGAGAACAUUUGCGACUUUCCUUCCUUUUGCCCAUGCUCCAGCCCUCUCAAUCUGACCCGCUGACAGCACCACCCCCCGACCCCCCGCCACCCUCGAACCCACCGGCACGUCCCGUCGCCCAACCUGAAGAUCCUGCCCACCCCACCCUGCCUGACUGCACACGUGUCACACACAAGCACAGGUCUGCUCUCGCUGCGUUGUCCUGAGUGACGGUGGGUUGGGGAGGGAAGGGGACGGACAUCCCAAAAAAAAAA